UAAAAAAAAGUCGCCGAAAAGAGCAGAGCAGAGGAGAGGGGUUCGGUUCGGGGCUUCGGGCAGAGGAGAUCGAAGCGGACGGGAGGAGGGCAAAAAGCUGCGCCCCGAAUCUUCGCCUCUGUCGCAAAAAGGCUUGGCCUCUGUGGGGAGUGAAAUGCGCGGCGGCGGCUGCUGCUGUGGGAUCUAGGGCGGCGGCAAUGGGGGCGCCGCCGUGGGCGAUCUGGGCGCUGCUGCUGCUUCACCAGGCCGCGCGCGUGCUUGCAAACACGGAAGGUGAUGCAUUGCAUAGCCUAAGAACUAACUUAAAUGAUCCCAAUAAUGUGCUACAAAGUUGGGAUCCAACUCUGGUCAAUCCGUGCACUUGGUUUCACGUUACUUGCAACAACGACAACAGCGUUAUCAGAGUUGAUCUUGGAAAUGCUGCAUUAUUUGGUACUUUGGUGCCACAGCUUGGUCAGCUAAAAAACUUGCAAUACCUGGAGCUCUACAGUAAUAACAUCAGUGGCACAAUACCUAGCGAACUUGGAAACCUCACAAACUUGAUCAGUUUGGAUUUGUACUUAAACAACUUCACUGGUCCAAUACCCGAUUCGUUGGGGAACCUAUUGAAGCUACGAUUCCUGCGUCUUAACAACAACAGUCUUUCGGGCACAAUUCCUAAAUCUUUAACUGCUAUUACUGCUCUCCAAGUUCUGGAUUUGUCAAAUAAUAAGCUGUCCGGAGAAGUUCCAUCAACCGGUUCAUUUUCAUUAUUCACCCCUAUCAGUUUUGGCAACAACCCUGCCUUAUGCGGUCCUGGGACUUCAAAACCUUGCUCCGGCGCUCCUCCCUUCUCCCCACCUCCUCCAUAUAACCCUCCAACCCCUGAGCAAUCACCAGGAAGUAGUUCCUCUAGUACUGGAGCAAUUGCUGGUGGAGUGGCUGCUGGUGCUGCCUUGCUAUUUGCUAUUCCUGCAAUUGGUUUUGCAUACUGGCGCCGCAGGAAACCGCAAGAGCAUUUCUUUGAUGUACCUGCUGAGGAGGAUCCAGAGGUCCAUCUUGGUCAGCUUAAAAGAUUUUCACUUAGAGAAUUACAAGUUGCUACGGAUACCUUCAGCAAUAAGAACAUUCUUGGAAGAGGUGGAUUUGGCAAGGUCUACAAAGGGAGACUAACAGAUGGUACACUAGUAGCUGUCAAGAGACUGAAAGAGGAGAGGACACCUGGUGGGGAGCUACAAUUUCAAACAGAAGUUGAGAUGAUUAGUAUGGCUGUACACAGAAACUUAUUGCGUCUUCGUGGAUUCUGUAUGACACCAACAGAAAGGUUGCUUGUGUAUCCAUACAUGGUUAAUGGAAGUGUUGCAUCACGUCUAAGAGAACGAGGGCCAGCUGAACCGCCACUGGAUUGGCAAACGAGAAGAAGAAUUGCAUUGGGUUCUGCCAGGGGCCUCUCCUAUUUACAUGAUCACUGUGAUCCAAAGAUCAUCCAUCGUGAUGUGAAAGCUGCAAAUAUUUUAUUAGAUGAAGACUUUGAAGCUGUAGUGGGGGAUUUUGGUUUGGCCAAACUAAUGGAUUACAAGGAUACCCAUGUAACAACUGCUGUGCGUGGAACAAUUGGGCAUAUUGCACCAGAAUAUCUUUCAACAGGAAAAUCCUCAGAGAAAACUGAUGUAUUCGGUUAUGGAAUUAUGCUUUUGGAGCUUAUUACAGGACAGCGUGCCUUUGAUCUUGCUCGCCUUGCCAAUGACGACGAUGUCAUGCUACUUGACUGGGUGAAAGGAUUGCUCAAGGAGAGAAGGUUGGAGAUGUUGGUGGAUCCAGACCUACAGACCAACUACAUUGAUGUUGAGGUGGAAUCGCUGAUCCAGGUUGCGCUCCUUUGCACACAGGGCUCCCCCACGGAGCGCCCGAAGAUGUCGGAAGUGGUAAGGAUGCUUGAAGGCGAUGGUCUUGCGGAGAGAUGGGAUGAGUGGCAAAAGGUGGAAGUCUCACGGCAGGAGGUAGAGCUGGGUCCUCAUCGAAACUCUGAGUGGAUCGUCGAUUCCACUGACAACCUCCACGCAGUUGAGCUAUCAGGGCCAAGGUGAUGGUGGCUGCUGCUAAAUUAGGUCUCGUAUGUUGUAGAAGAAAGAGCAUGUGCAUGAACCAUCCUAGUGCGAUCCCCCAUUUGUUCAUAUCAGCCAAUGGAAAAAAUGUUGCGGCAGCCACAAUAUAUUUUGAUGUACUUGUAAUGAUGCCCUUGGAAGUUGGAACCGAUAUUCUCCUGCUGACCAAAUGCUGCAGCAAGGAAUGGAUCUGACAAGUCAUGGGUCAGGUGGUGAUUGGUUGGAUUUGUGUCUAUUGUACUACUGACAAGUGAUAUCUAACUAGCGUGCAGUUACCUUGUCAAA